CCUAGGCAGUUGAAGCCGCAUAUACAACUUUUAACAGGGCUCUUUCCGUGUUUACAGGAGCCGUAGGUUAUACCCAAAGCAAAGUUACACUUGUCAUUCACAUUUUGAAGAUUUCAGCACCGGAGCUGUCCAGUUAUUCCGCCUUGAUGCAAGACGCUUCAUUGAGCUCGCGCUUCAUCAAACAACGUUGUUUUUCUUCGCUUGCGGAAUAUUUGGUUGAAGGGGUUACACACAAUACGACAAGGCUGUGAUAUACCGAGGCGCAUAGCAUUCACUGACGAAAGCGAACCCUUUGAAAUGACUGCUGGCCGUGCGUAAAAGGAGCAGAAGAAAUCAAAUCUCAAGUCCCGGAGCGCCAUCUGAAUCCGUCCCAGCCAUGGGUGUGCUAAUGUCUAAGAAACAGCAGGCGGAAAAGGUGCAGAAGUGCAGUGUGGUGGUGUCGGCUUUUAAAGAGGGACUGAAGGACCGGGCGGCCCUGGCCUCUGUGGUCCAGACGGAGGAGGUCGUGGCCGAGAAUGGCGAUGGAUCUGCUGAAGGAUCCCACCAGCUUAACACAGACCAGACUGAAUCGAAAGAGAAGGAUGACAAACUAGGCUCUUUAUCUACUCAGCAAGACUCUGCCCUGCAAAAAAAGGAGAACAAAGCCAAUCAGGAGGCUUGGGGGCGUCUCCGUGAUGGGAAGGGGGUGGAGCCUGAGGAACUAAAGAAGGCACAUCAGCUCACUUCUCCGGCAUUUGUGCGGCCAAAGAGAGAGGUCAAUGACGACCAGCCAGUAAAUGUGCCGCUUGGGCAAAGAGAGCAGCCUUUCAAUGAUGAGAUGUGCGAGGUUUGUGAAGUGUGGACUGCGGAUGAUCUGUUCCCCUGUCGGAUGUGCACGCGGGUCUUCCAUGACGGCUGUCUGAGGGAGAUGGGCUACCUGAGCACAGAAGCCCUGCAGGAAAUGAGAGAGAUGGCCCACACCACCACCGGCUGGAGCUGCUAUUACUGCGAUAAUGUGAACCUGCUGCUUACAGAAGAAGAGAUGUACAGUCUGAUGGAGACCUUCAAGCAGUGCAAGAUCAUUCCAGAGUCGUUCCUGGUAUCCGAUGAACUUCUGCAAUACAGGCACUUUGUGACCAAGCAGCUCUUUGAAAGGGAAUUGACUGAUGAUGAGGAAGAGGAGGUUCUGGCCCAGUUUGCCGCUCUGGAUCCAGAUAAAAAGGGCCAGAUUGAAUGGUCUGACUUUCUAUACCAUGAGUCACUUUCAGUACUGCAGAAGUUUCGUACAGAGAACUCAUUGGUGAGAAUUCUGACAGCAAAGGAGAGGGAUCGGGCACGAGCCGUAUUCCAGAGUCUAGACCAGGACAAAGAUGGAAUCAUCACCGCCGGAGAAGCCAGACGGGCCCAGACCUCAUGGUUCCACAAGAUAAACAAAGAGUCACAGUCCUGCAAUGUCAGUAUCAGCCAUGUCGGUCCAAUAUCUGAGAGCAGUCCAGCCAGUUCCAGCAGUGAGAGAAGCAGAGAUAAAGCCAUGGAGAAUGACAACAGACCAGUUACUUGGAACAACUUUCUGAGGGAGAGCGCCAUAUACAUCUUGGCCGCAAGGCCCAACAGCUCAGCCAUGCACAUCCGUUUGCCACUCUAACCAUGGCCCCAUAGCCUGAGAAUUCUAGAGGGGCUGGAAAUAAUUUCCUAGGUCUGGAUUAAUGAGAAAGAGGUGCUGAGGACUAAACCCUGACACUACGAGAGUCAAAAGCUAAAGAAUACGCCACCACACUCAAAGACUGUACAAGCCAUCAACAGAUUCUUCCACCAAAGACACAAUCUAGCGACACACUGACAAAAUCACGCUCUUGAACAAUAGCACUCUGUCACCACUUUAAAAUUAAGGUUUUAUGAGCUCUAUGCUUUUGUUUUUUUGUGACCAAGUAACUGUUCUAAAGAGGGUCUGUGGCUAAAUGAGAGGGAGAAAGAUCUGUUACCCAUUAGCAGAGAAAUUACGGCACCACAACAUUUGCAUAUAGUGUUUUUGAUGUUAACGUGUUGCACCAUUUUCAAAUUGUAGCUCUAGCCAAAUGAAUUGCAGUAUCGAUGUGAGAGCAGUGGUCUAAUCAUUGCUUAUCUAAUUUCACAAUCACCGCAAAAUCUGAAUAUCAAUAAAGUGGGCAUCAAAUGUUCCACAUAGGAAUUAAAGAGAGAGAUGAUAUAUAGAUAGUUAAUAUAUACACAGUUUAUAUUCUGUAUAUAUAUAUGCAUACACCGAUCAGCUACAAUAUUAAAACCACC